GAAAAAUACACGACGUGAAAAAAACGCUGGUUUUGAACUUACAGAAAAUAUUUACUGUGAUGUCCUAAAAGUUUAUGCCAGAAGGAAGACUUCUGUCAACAGAGAGAUCUGAGGACAGUAACGGUACUUUGCUGCGAAGCCUGGAUACAAGAAUCUGCUGUGCAUUUGACCUCCGCAAUGAAGUAUGUUCUGGGUCUUUUCAGAAAUCAUUUUCGACAGCAUGGUGGAUGCAAACAGGAUUGUUUGAAUUAAUUUUAAUCAGAUUUCAACAUAAACUGUUUUUAAACAUGAAUCUAAGCAUGACUAUCAAGUGGUCUGCUAGAGUUCGUCUAUUUCGGAAUACGGCGACUCUCUUGCAUUCUAGAAGACUGUCAAACGAUAUUCACACAUCUGAUCUAAGUAAGUCCGAUCACACUGUAUCGGAAGAGAUCCAAGAGCAGCCCAGACGACCACGGAGAGCUCCCCAUACAGCAUCUGUUUUUCUGUUCCCCGGGCAAGGCAGUCAGUUCGUCGGCAUGGGGAGGGGACUGUUGAAAUAUGGAAAUGUGAAAGAGAUGUUUUCUGUAGCGCAAAAGGUGCUUGGCUAUGAUCUGCUGUCUCUGUGUUUAAAUGGACCCGAGAAAGAUCUGAUGAAGACUGUACACUGUCAGCCUGCCGUGUUUGUCUGCUCGCUGGCUGCUGUGGAAAGACUGAACCACGAGAAUCCUGCUGCUAUUGAGAGCUGUGUGGCAGCAGCAGGGUUCAGUGUUGGAGAAUUUAGUGCUUUGGUUUUCUCUGGUGCAAUGGAUUUUGCUGAAGCUAUGUUUGCUGUAAAGGUGAGGGCGGAGGCAAUGCAGAAGGCCUCCGACCAAGUGGCAAGUGGCAUGCUGUCCGUGAUUGGCCGACACCAGACAAACUACAAACAUGCCUGUCUCCAGGCUAGAGAGCACUGUCUUUCUCUUGGUAUCCAAGAGCCUGUGUGUGCCAUUGCAAACUACCUCUUUCCAGAUGGAAGAGUAAUAGCCGGCCACAAAGAGGCUUUGGAUUUCCUUCAAGAGCAUUCCAGAAAGCUGCUGUUCUCAAGAACGCGAAUGCUUCCUGUUAGCGGUGCCUUUCACACCCCCCUAAUGGAGUCUGCGAUGGAGCCCCUGAGAGACGUCCUCAGACAGAUAGAGAUACGGUGCCCAGAGAUCGCCGUACACUCCAAUGUGGACGGAAAGCGUUACAUGCACGACAAGCACAUACAGAAACAGCUGGCCAAACAGCUGGUGUCUCCGGUGAAGUGGGAGCAGACGCUGCAUGAGAUUUAUGAAAGAGCCCAGGGGCGAGAGUUUCCUCAUACCUAUGAGGUGGGACCCAGUAGACAGUUAGGCUCGACGAUUCAAAAGUGCAACAUGAAAGCGUUUAAGAAUUACACACAUGUAGAUGUUGUGCUGCCUGAGGACUGA